AUGGCUGAUUCAGGAGUAGACACAGGCAAUGAAAGCAGUGACAAUACAGUAUUCGACCACCCUCAUCAAGUCUUUGAAUUCAGUCCUCCUCCAAUACCAAUAAAUAUAUCUGGUCAACCUAUGCCAAUCGAUUUUCUUGAAGAACCACAUGACCAAAUGGGGAAAAUUAAAUUCUGUACCAAUGCAAGACAUUGUCGACUUAAGUAUAAAAAUAGUUUGGUGUAUUACCCAAAAAACAAGAAGCUCCGUUUCGCUGCUGGUACAAAUAAUACAGAAUUGGUUGAGAAAUUGUUGCAAGCAGGUGCAGAUCCCAAUAAUACAGAUAAGCAUUUGAGAAGUCCAUUGCAUUUAGCUGCCUGCCGUGGAUAUGCUGAAGUUGUAAAGAUACUAAUUAAAUAUGGUGCUAAUCCUAAUAUAAAGGAUACUCUUGGCAACACACCAUUGCAUUUAGCUGCUUGUACAAGUCAUAUUCCAGUUGUCAUAGCUUUGUUAGGAGCUGGAACAGAUGUCAGUUCAAAUGACAAAAAUGGUCGCACUCCUUUACAAUUAGCGCAGAGUAAGCUGAAGUUGAUCCAGAUGAAACCAGGUUUCCAUGAAACCCAAGAGCUCAUAAGUGAGAUACGUCUUAUUGUGAAAAUGAUGCUCAAGUAUAUGAAAAUCCAAAAAGCAGAUUCUGGAGAACUCGAAUCGGUUUGUAAGAGGUUGGAAAAUGUUAGUACAAGGGAACAGGUAGAUUCUGAAGUCCAAAACCUACUUGAUAGCCUAGAUUCAUUAAAAUUAAGGUAA